UGAGUAUUGAAUUUAUCAAAUAAAAUUGGCUUCAAUCAAGCAUUUGUUGGCUAUUCCAGACAUAUAUGAGUAUGAAUUUGAUAGAGACUUUACGAAUAUGAAGAUAUGAGAUAAAUACUUCAAUAAAGGGUAUUCUAGAAGAAAUAGGGUUUGAGCUAAUAACUAACCGGGUGUGACCUGUCCUACUAUAAAUGGAAUAAGCUUUAGUAGUUGUGGGGCGGUAAUUUGACUUGUAAACUGUACGCUUGAGAAAUGUUGCCUUAGGCCAUUCCGCCAUUGUUAGAAUUAAAGUUGCCUUUGAGUUUUCUUGAUUACAUUUUGGUGUUCUGUUAGAUUGAAUUCUGGAGGAUCUAACAUUGGUAUCAGAGCACAUCGAUUCACUGUGGAUGUCUUGACGCGCGCAAAGAUGGAAGCACGAUUGGAUAACUUGAGGUGGAGUCAUCAACAAAACAUGGAGUUGAUGGCAGCGAUUCUGGCCAGACUGGAUGCGGAAGAUCGAUCUAAGAGAAGAUCGCACGCUUUGCGAAGAUCGCAGGAGCCGCAGAAGAAAUCGCGGACUGUUUCGCAUCAUAAAUCUGCGAAAUAUCCGGAAAUCGCGAUCGAUCAAGAAUGGUCGCGAAGAAGGUCACAUGCAUCGGACACAUCGCAGCACAAAUCACGAACCAGUUCGCAGAAGGAGUCGCGAACUAUUUCUUCUAGUUCGCCAUCGGAAAUUUCCUCUCACCCGUCGCAAUCGCGAAUUUUCUCUCAACAGUCGCAAUCGCUAACAAAGUCUCGCAAUUCCCAGACUUACUCAAUCGAGAUCAAUUCGAGUACAAUAAAGACGAGAGGAGAAUAUUCAACUUCGACAGCAAAUUCUUCGGGACCUCUGGCUUUGACGCAAGCAGAAGUCUCCAGUUCACAAGUUUCUUUGAUUCUGGAAUCUCACAGCUCAUCCACUCUGGCCAUCGCAUCAGAAAAGGGAUCUCCAGGGACUACACAAACAACCAUAAACACAGAAUUGGAACCGGUUGUACCUUCAGUUAAGGAAACAGAACCUGAAGAGGAAGACAAUGAUAAAUCUUCAGUUCAUCUUGGACCUGAAGCUGGAGCAAUUGCUCGUUCCCUCACUUGUGACAAUCUUUCCAGUUGGAAUAACAACAGCAAAGAUUGGAACUCUUUGAGAGGAAGUGAACUUCCUUCAUCUAGCAAGAUUGGAACCAAAGAAUUAGGGCUGAUGUAUUUGGUAAAGAAGGAACUGAUUUUGUAUUCUCGUCCACAGUGUUGCUUGGUUCCUGGGUUGCUUCAUACUAGCAAAGAUUAUGCAAAUUUGAAGAUAGUUUGGAUUUUUCCCCUCUUUGUUUCAAGAAAUCAAGUAAAAAUGGAUUCUCCUUUUGAGGAACAAGCAUUGGCAGAGAGAUUUUGGUGGAAUAUGCCUAUGGGAGUUGUUUGGAGGAAUGAUGUUAGGUAUACUCGAAGUGCAGCAGAGGAUGGCAUUGUUUUGCUGAAAAGCAUUAUGAAAGUCAAUCACAAUUCAAUGGGAGAAAAGUCAAAUGUAGUUGAAACAAUGGGUAGGUCCAGAAUUUCUGAUAAGCAGAUUAAAGUGGAUGUUCAGGACAUGAACACCAAUUCUGCUACGGUUGUUCUUGAGUUUGUUCUUGAAUACCAGUGGGGUAGAAUCUAUGCCGAUCUAGACUCAAUUAUUCAAGCUGCUUCAAUUAUGAUUACCCAGAAUGAACAAGUCAGGGAUUUAUCUGUAAAACUAGAAAUUGUUAAUGGGAUGCAAGCUGAAGUGAUUGCUCAACCUUAUAAAAUGGUUUUCUGCUUCAAGGAUUCCGAAGUGAAUUGUUCCAGUUGUGGAAUUUUAACGGAAUACAAGAUAGUUGAUAUUGUUGGAAAUAUAAAAAUGGAGCCCUACUUGUUUGGAUCAAGAAAGUUGGAGGCAAAUCCAGUUAGGGAAGCAAGGAGAAUUCAGGAAUGUUUCUAUCGGGGGCUGUUUAUCUUUGAAAACAAGAGAAACAGUUUUAUCUUUGAAAAAUAUUUUGAUGCUAAAGGUACAGAGGCUAGAAAGAGUGAAGGAAGAAUCUAUAUUACAGAGGAGGUGGUUUCGGAUAUCAUACAAAUUACAAAACUGUUCUCAACAAAAAGCAUCAUCGGUUCUUCCUGCAAUUAUAGAUGACCUGGACCAUGAGGAUGGCUCUGUAGGGGAUGAACUUGGGGCUGGCCAGUUCAUGAAGCUUAGGAUCCUGAAAUUUGGACGGUACUGGGAAGGAAGAGGCGCAAAGAUGAGGAAGAAGAAGAAGGAAUUGAAACCUACCAGCUCCUGCCAAGAUCUUCCUAAUUAUAUAACUGAAGAGUGUGAAUUACGGGUGGGCCGAAAAAUUGAAGAAAAUCAGAAUGAAUUCAGCAGGGGAUAGGGAAAUCUUGGUACAUUGGAAGGAUCUUCCGGAGUUUGAAGAUUCUGGCCUUCCGGGGAGAAAUAACAUAGCAUCAGACAACAAUUUCCAACUUCCCAACUUGAGGGCAAGUUGGAUUUUCAGGAGGGGAGAUUUGAUAGAGACUUUACGAAUAUGAAGAUAUGAGAUAAAUACUUCAUAAAGGGUAUUCUAGAAGAAAUAGGGUUUGUUAUUAGUCAAGUCGGUUUGAGCUAAUAACUAACUGGGUGUUGACCUGUCCUACUAUAAAUAGAAUAAGCGUUAGUAAUUGUUCAUGUCAUUUGCAGGUUUAUUUUGCUUUUCGAAGAUGGUGAGAAUACACUUGGCUUAUUGAGCUUUUACUUGAAAGGGAUCAGGUAGCUCAUGAGCAGAUGAGCUUCAAAUUCAAUUCCAGCAAAUCAUCACCAUGCACAGUUGUGUACAUUUGCAUUGCUAACUACUGCGUAAUCUUUAUUUUUAUUUGUAUGACAGCUUUUAGACAAUAGAUACUUGAUAAGGUAAUCAUUAUGUUUUGAAUUAGGUAUAUCGAAUAUCAAUAGGUUAACCUUUUAAAACUCCAUGUUAGUUUUAACCUCUUUUACAAUAUUUAAAAAGUUAAAAAUGUGGACUAAAUGUUUAAAUCAAGCUGAAAGCCUGAAAUCAUUUUUACUUUUAUUUAUAUAAACACAAUAAUAUUUUAAAAAAUACUUUACUCUUUUAACAUCAAAUUUGUUUGGUUUUAACUUCAAACUUUCAAUCAGACUCAAAUGGAGAUUCUAUAUGAGUUAUUAAUCUUUCUUCUGUCUUUUUGCAAUAACCAUGGUUUACUUCUGUAUGAGUUAUCAAUCUUUCUUCUGUUAUUAAUCAAUUAUAAUAUUGAUUCAUCUUAUUUUUCUUUCUUCUGUUAAUCUUUAUUCACCAUUAUUUUUCUCGCAGCAUCUAAGUUUAAUUGAAGGCAGAUGUGAAUGGAAAUGGUGAGUGUUGCUUUCGUUUCCAUUUUUAUUCCCAUCUUCUAUCACUUUUGUUGUUAUUGUACUUUACAUAUCCAAUCUUGACAUGUGUUUUUGUAUUAUAACAAUGGCCAUCAAGAGUUUGGGGUCAGCUAACACCAAUCAACAUGUUUUUUGUAUUAGAAUAAAAAUAAUUCAGAUCCAUAGCAUUUUCUAAUGUGAAUUUUGCAGUUGAGAUGUAGUGUGAUUGACUUUAUCAAGUGGAAAAAAAUCAAUGUAUUGAAACAAAAUCCUUGAUAAGACUAUUAAUUAUUGAGGUCCUAUACAACAACACAUGGUAAAUUAUUUAUGAUUUGAGCUUUACACAGAUUGAAAUGCCCCUUCUACUUCUCAAUAUCAUUGAUUGAAAAAGUUAUUUAUGAUCUGAGCUUUACACAGAUUGAGUAAUUUUUUUUUUUUUUUCACGAUCAGUUUUUGGUUUUUGAAUGUCAGAGUUGUUUAAUUUUUACAUGAUUGUUGGAUAGUAUUUGAAAUGUAUUUGGUUGAUAGAUUUAAUUUCUAUAGUUUUUUGAAGUUAUGCCCAUAAUUCUUAUGUGAUGUAAGAAUGGAUUAUGGAUGAUUGGGAGAAGAAUUUUCACAUAAGUGCAGUAGUUGGAGCCCUUAAUAGAAGCUCAAUUGUAAUUAUAUAAAGGGUUAAUCAAGACAAUGGAUUUAUAUCCGAUUUAGUAGAUGAACCAUCAAGACAAUGGAUUAUAAGAAUGCAGCUUAUAAGGCAAAAUUUUGAAUGAAAAAAUUCAGAACUCUCUCUUUUGAGUUUUUUAUUUUCUGGUUCUGUUUUAGAAUUUUCUAUCUUCAAUGAGUGUGUGGGCGAAUGUGUAGAAAACUUCUGAAGUAUUUCAUUUUUCGUUUAGUUUUGUGACUUUGUCUUAAAAACCCUUCUAUGAAUCUGCAUUUCCCUUUUCAAUCCAUGUUACAAACUUGAUUUUAUAACCAACAACAAAUCAAUGUGCUAAACGUGGAUUAAUCACCAUCAACAAAUCCUUAAUUCUGUAACUAAUUGGUUUUAACAGAUUAAUUUCAGGUUGAUUAUCAUUCAGAAAAGUGACGGGGGAAUAUGAUUUUCAGCAGAUUAAUUUCACACAGUUUUCAAGCGUAUAAACAGGAUUUCUUAUUAAAAUGUUCCCUGCACUUGCAUUUAAAAAUAAAUAAUCAGAUGGCAGUUUCAGGGAGAAGGCAGUCUGCCUCCGGUGCUAUUCAGCAUGCUAUGAGUCAAAACCAACCCAACCAAGGAAAUCAGCUAAAUCGUAUGGUGAACCAAUUUUCUGGCCCUGUGAAUAGUGCACUUUUUAAGCCUGCCCAGAGUGGACCAACAUCCCAGAUGUUUGGAAUGUCGGGUGGCAAUCGGUCUUUGGCUGCUUCAAGUUUAAGUGAUCAAAUGUUCAAUAUGGCCGGGGACAAACAAUCCUACUGGAAAUAUGCAGUAGGAUGACACAUGAUUUUCGGUGAUUAAAUUUGGAGAUCAUAUUAUUGAGAGAAGAUGAUGCACAAGGAAAAUCUUGGCGAAAAGUUUCCUAUCCCAAUCCUUAACUUGCAUUAAUACCAUGAGAUGUUAGACUCUCAUUCACUCUCCAUCGAAGAUAAUUUUCAUUAAUGAUGAACAAUAAUAAGAGCCAUGGAGAGUUAUCGGAAAAGGUUGGCACCUUCCUCCGUUGAUAUGUUUUUAUGCAUGGACAACACGUGGUGGUCUCGUGAGUAACAAAUCCAUCUGAAUUGAAAUUUGUGAUAUGUGAUGAAGACAGAUAACCAACUAAGUAUGCGUUGAACGGUGCAUAUAAAAAAGAUUAAGAGGCCAUUUGGCAACACUGUUUUUCAGCUUAUCAGACUUAUCAGCCAACUUUUUCAUCAAACACAUAAUUUUUACUUUCGCGCGCUGAAUUGUGUAAUAAGCUGAAAAAGUAAGGUUGCAGUUACUUUUCUGGCUGUAUUGGCUGAAAUUACUGUAGAUGACCAUUUUAGCUAUUUUUACAUAUAAUAUUUUCUUUAUUUUAUUAAUAAAGUAUAUUUUAAAAAUAUUUUUUUCUUAAAUCAGCGGAAUCAGCCAAUGCAGCCACUUCAGCCAGAACUUCAUAAAUUUCAGCACAAUCAACUAAAACAGCCGAUUUUCGUGCUACCAAACGGGCUCUAAAGUAGUUUUAUAGUUUUCCUUCGCAAUUUCAUGGACAUACACACAAUUAUUUUAUCAUAUUAUGGCUUAUAUUCAUCUUUAAUCAUUAUUUAUAUUUGGUUAGUUGAUUCACUACCAUGUUUUUUUUUACUUUAAUCCAUCUAAACAUUUGUACUUCACUCCCUGCAACGCAAUUAGUAACCACUAUAAUGAUACAUUCUUACGAACCGAAUAAGAAUUCUUUCUUUGAAUAUUGACGUCUUUAUCCAUACUAUGAUUAUUUUUGACGACAUCAUUCUGGAACUUUGGCAAAUCUGGAAAUAUGAUAACAAUGAAAACCCGAGAACAAUGUUGUCUAAUUAAAUAAAGGUAUCCAAUGAUAUGUCUAAACUCUAAAGUUGUACGUAGUAGUAAUCGCAUUAUUACUCCAAAACACAUAAUAAAAUUAAUCCGUUAGUAAUUGCACGAUAUCUAUUAAUAUAUAAUAGCACACUUUUUUGAUGAAUAGGGUUCCCCCAAAAUGUCAACAUCAUGAUUUGGUGGAUUUUUGUUCAUCAAAAAUAAAUGCAAAAUAAUGUUUUGAGCUCCCAUUUCUGAAGGUCUAUGUGUAUAAUCUGGUGAAGAAAUCUGAGAGAUAUAAUGUGUGCAAUUUUUAUUGGUUCGCAGAUCACAACUAAGUCUAUUCCUUUUCGAUAAAAAAGAGGUGACACUAUUCACACAAAAAUUAUUGGUUGGCAUAGUACAAAUAAGUGUAUUUCUAUUGGCUAAAAAGGAGGUGAGUACUUUAAAAGAUGGUUGGUCGCAUGCCAAUAAUUAAUUGGGUGAGUUGGAAUUGGUUGAAAUGCUUACAUUCUAUUGGUUGAAAUGAGUUGGUGAAAAUAGUUAAGCAGAUUCAGGAAAUAGUAAAACAGAUUCAGAGUUUCCAAAUAUCAACCGAUUGUAGUGCAUGCUUGGCUAUAAAAGCAUGGGGGUUCACAGAAGGUCUUCUCACAUUGCAUCACAUAUCUAACUCGAAUAGCAUAAGACAAUAUUUCUUUGAAAAUGUUAGAUAAUGGUCUAUGAUUAGGGAGAUUUAUCAAACCAGGAUCACUUAUGCAGAGAGAAAAGAGGAUUGCACUACAAGUUGAUGCGGACAGAGUAAAGAAAGAUCACUUUGGAGAAUUUUCUUCAACAAAGCUGAUGGAGAAGAUGAAGGGGAUGAAGAUUGAGGAGCCUAGGUCUACUUGAUAUUAUUCCUGGGAUGUAAUUAAUAUAUUUUCAGUAUUAAUUUGGGUAUGUAGUAUCUAAAACCUACAACAUGGAGACACUGUUAAAGGGUCCAGUGUCAUUUCAGUCCCAAAGAAAAGGUGGGUGCCUAAUUUAGGUUACAGACUACGCACUCUACUUGGAAAUAUCAAGGUUUGGCAAGACUUAAAAAUUAAAGAUCUAGAAGGACAUAAUUUAAAACCGCCACCUUAAAAAAAUGCUAGAAGGUACUGGAGUAAAGGAUCUUAAUGUUUGAGUUUUAAUUCGUUCCAAAAAAAGAAAGAAUUGGGGCUAUAUCUUCUAUACACAAUUAAUAUCUACCUGCUAAAGUCAACCACAUUGUUGUUUAGCCUGCAGAUUUUAUAAAUAAUGUUUGAGUGAGCCUAUUUCUAUAAAGGUCGUGUGCUUAUUUACGUUAUAGACAAAAAACCAGAGUUUGUAAUUUCCAACUUCCAAAUAUUUGAAUAUUUGGCAACACUUAUAUUUACAAGUCUAACUAUGUGUGAUUUCCUUAUCAAAUCUGUUUUAAAAACACCAGGCUAUACAAAUAUUCCUAAAGGGUCUUAGAGUUUCAAAGAGCUGACUCUUAUUCUAAAUUCAUUCCAAAAACAAGGCUCAAGGCUGAACGCCUAAACAAAUACUUCUAAAGGUUCCUGGAGUAUCAAACAUCUAACUUUAAGUCUAAAUUUAGUGCCAAAAAAGGUUUAGAGCUGAACCUACUCUACGGAAUAAAUAUAUCUAUCUACAGUAUAACUGAACUACUUAGAACGCCAACCUAAACGAAAAUUCCUAAAUGGGCCUGGAAUAUGUUAGGUCCCUCAGACUUUGAUAUAAGCUAAGAAUUGUUAGAAAUAGUUUUGAUGAUGUCACCCUCCUUUUCAGUUUAGACUCUUUGCUCAAAAUUGUGUAAAUCGUAGUGUGCUUCACAAUUUGAUAGGUUAGAGUACUCAUCGUACCAUAAACAAAGAAGAAAAACCAGAAUAUUGAAAAAGGUACGAAAAAGAAAGAAUACAAAAGGACAAGAUUAAAAAUGUACAAUUUUAUGUCAAAUUAAAUAUACUGGUAGUAUAAAAUGCAAUAAGGUAAAAUUCUACCUUUCAAGGAUAUUCAAAUCCAACCAGUAUGUUUUUAUUUGUUAUAGAAUUAUUCUUGUCCCUAGUAAAAUUGUGACCAAUUUUACAUGUACACUUUAUGUAUCAAAUGAAUUGUACUGGAAGUAUAAAAAGCAAUAAGGUAAUUUUCCUUUACCUUGAAAGGAUAUUUAAUCCUACCAGUACAAAAUUAUUUGAUACAAAAAGACUAAAGUCACAAAUUUACUAGAAUCCACUACAAAAUCACGAGACACUAUUGCAUGCGAACAAAUAGGUGAAUAGUGCGGACAAGGCCUAAGGUAUGGGUUUACAUAUCCUAUUUGCAAAUUGAUCCAAUUGCGAUUGAAGAAGAUAAUCUGCUCCAACACAAGAAGGCGAGAGUGCAAUACUUUGGACGUCAACGAUUAGAUCCUCUCAACCAACGGAGGAGAUUAAUCAACUGGAGAUGCCUAUAAAUACAGGCAUAAGCAUGAGAUGAAAAACAAGCUUUUUGAGUCUUCUAGACAGAAAAACUAUACCAAGCAUUCAAGAGAAAAUCCAGCAUUACUGAAAGUGCUCGUUCAAACUCGGCUCUCUGUUUAGACUCAUGCUUCACUAAACUUCCCAGACAGCACACUCAUUGCCAAAUCCUGGAAGUCUAGUUAUUAGUUGGAGGUUAGAAAUUUUAUUACUUUUGAAAUUGUUGUAAACACUUAGAAGGACAGUGUUAUCUAGUCCUAAGUGUGGUAGAUUAGAACAGAGUACCUUUUGAUCCCCACUGGAUCAAUUGAGAAAAUCUAAAGGACUGAGUAACUUGGAGUGGUGUGUACUCCUUGUGAAACACCUUCAGGUCUGAGCUAGUUGGAUGAUAACAGCCAGACGGGCACUAAGUGUAUUGGGCUUAAUACUUUAGUGGAAAUCCAUCUGAAAGAGGGUGGGACUGG